AGUAACUAGUAACUAUGAAAUUCUCAAACUAUUGUGUAAAGUAAAAAAGUAAAGUACAAUAUCUGGCUCCUGAAUGUAGUUGAGCGCAAGUAUAAAGCACCUGUAGUUAAGUACAACUGGACUGAAGUACAGUACUUGAGAACAUGUACUUAGUUACAUUUAAUCACAUGUGAAAAUGUGCGAAAAUAAAGAAUUCACACUUAAAUAAACGGAUUCAUGUGAUGUUAAUGAUUCGUGUUAAAGAACACUCCGCUGAUCUGAUUAAAAUAAAUCGUUUGAUGGACUUGAGAGCUCCUGACGCGCGUGUGAGUGGUUUCAUCACCUGUUCAUAUAAAAAUCACACCGCUGAUAACAACACGUCUUCUAGCUGCUGUUUGAUUUGCACGCUCCUCCUCAAAACCAACCGAGGCACCUUCCAUUUCCGACUCUCCCUGAAGGCAACAUCUGCCCCCUCAUAAACACUGAGGGCGGCAGUGAUUGGUCAAAGUUGAGCCGUGUCAACGUGAUGCGUCUACAUACUCCCACAUCCUCGUUGACAGCUCCAUAACAUUGCGCUCGCCGGAGCGGCUCUCACCUGGCUGCCCUCUGCUCCGAGUUGACGCGCGUGUCGGAGGAGAGAUCAUGGCUUCUCACGAGACUUUUAACGACCUGGGGUGCAGCUCGUCCGAGGAGGACAGUAACCGUGCGGAUAUGGCAGAAGGAACGGCGGAGCAGGAGAAGAAGACGUCUCCGGCGGCGGCGCGCCGGCGUCACCCGUUCAGCGUGGAGGCGCUGAUGUCCGGCAGGAAGACGGACGGAGAGUCCACCGGCUUCAAACCGGAGGCGUCGGUGUCUCCUCUGGGUCUGAACUCUCUGUAUCUGUGUCGGGAGGCGUGCAGCCUCCCCGGGGGGAGCAGAAAGAGUUUAACGGCCGCGCCGUCGUCCCCGGUAAAAUCCGAGGCGUCAGAGUCGGAGGAGUGCGCGCCCUGGGUCACCAGCAGCGCCUUUUCCACGCAGCCCCGUCACGUCAGUCCCGCCUGUCCGCUGAGGAAACACAAGACCAACAGGAAGCCUCGCACUCCCUUCACCACGUCUCAGCUGCUGGCCCUGGAGAGGAAGUUCAGGCAGAAGCAGUACCUGUCCAUCGCUGAGCGGGCCGAGUUCUCCUCCUCCUUGACGCUGACGGAGACUCAGGUGAAGAUCUGGUUCCAGAAUCGCCGGGCAAAAGCCAAGAGGCUCCAGGAGGCCGAGCUGGAGAAACUCAAGAUGGCCGCUGACGCCAAGACGGCGGCGGUUGCCGCGGCCGCCGCUGGAGGUUUACACCCUGGCUUUACGUUACCUCUCUCGCUGGGCGCCAUGUCGCUGUACGGACAGACGUACUCUGCCUACCAGCACCACCACAGACCCAUACUGCCCAUCUCACCUUUAGGACUGUACGCUGCUCCUCUGGGAUACAGCAUGUACCACCUGUCGUAAGAAUGGGAAUAGCACUCGACUUUGGUGAAAUGUCUUAACAAGGAGUCCCAAACAUGGACACACAGGACAUGUGGCUGGCAUUUUAACAAUCAAUGUUUAUAAUAUAUCUACUGCACAAGGAGUGUCUGAAUGUUCUGAGCACUUCAAGUCAAAUUAAAAAUCUAUUUUUUUUUCCUCACAGCAAGGAUAAAAAAAAGACACAACAACCUAGACGUCGUCUCGCCCCGGGGACGGUCUGUUUACACGACGCGUUCGUCACGGUUCAGACGUUUAUACUUGUUUACUUUUGCAAUAAUUGAGCUGGGCGAGGACUCGCACCGGGGACAGAGAGACAGAGUACCACGCUUCACUUAAGCCUUCCUGUUGGUUCGAUGCAGUGCCUUGUGUCGGGCCUUAAUAUCGAGACACUUUGUGCACUUGUGUGGAUGAUGAGUGUUUCAGCAACUCAGGCCAAAUAAAACAUAUCACUGAAGCAUUUUGAAUUUACUUUAUGCACAAGGGUCUGCCUUGAAAAACCUUUCUAGUCUACAAACAGACUAGUUCAGGCUCGUGUGCUUCGCAAGAAACUAAAAGUUUAACCCUCAAUUUGUUUCAUUUGCGCAAUUGUCAUUAUCUUCCAUAGCAAUAAACAACAUUUCCAUCGCUCCUCAUGUCCUUACCACGCAUUCAUAGAGCGUAUUUAUUCUCCUUGAAAUAUCGUAAUGCUGGAAAUGUAUUUAUGAAUGAUUAAUGAAUGAAUAUGGUACUAAAGUUCUGACCAAAUGUGUAUUUAUAUUGUUCUUCCUGAGCGUCCCUUUGAGAGGGCCGACAUCGUGCUAUGCAUUCUUUUUCCACCAACGUUUUAUCAUACAUGGAAACAACAAAAGCCUUUCAGACUGUUAAAUAAAUGACAUUUAAUUUUAUGUGUAAAGAAAUAAAAGUAGUCAUAUGGAAACAUG